GAGACUGAAAUUGGACGGCCGGAGUGCGUUCGGAAGUGCCUCGAAAAAUGUGCGAGCCGAGUUCGCGCUGAAAAAUGGGCCACUCGAGCGGGGGCGGUAAUUAGUUCGAUUAAUUAAGAUGCCGUUUCCGUGCUUCGAACUGGGGUAAAUUUGUGUAUUGUGUGACAGUGUUGUGAAAUGGCGGAAAUCUGGUGACGGGAUAAGCCAGGAUAUGUUUCCGGGGUGUAUCAGAGGGCCUCGUUCCACGCAGGGCUCAACAGAUGACAUCAGCAAGCAAACAAAGUCCAUUGUUCAGAUCUACACCGACUGGGCGAACCAUUACUUGGAAAAAGCACGCAGUAAAAAACGCGUCAAUUCCUUAGCAGCGGACUGCAGCGACGGAGUUUUGCUCGCCGAAGUCAUCGAAUCUGUUACGUGCCAGAAGAUACCCGACAUCAACAGAAAACCGAAAACGCCGUCCCAAAUGCUCGACAACAUCAACCUCUGUUUGGGCGUCCUGAAAGCACAGCAUGUUUCCGGUCUGGAAGGAGUCUCGGCUCAAGAACUACGCGAUGGUAAGCUGAAGGCCAUUCUAGCGCUCUUCUUCGCCUUAUCACGACACAAACAGGCCGCAAAACAGCGAGCGCAGCAAAUCCAGCAGCAGAACCAACUGGGCGAAAUGACGCCUAACAGAUCGUCGGCGAUCCCCCACAAGGGCGGCAGCAGCAUUCCUCUGCCCGGUUCCGCUCUGCCGUCGCGACGAUGUCCUCCAGACAAGGUCCGUCCCGUCGCGGGCUCCAGCAGGGCCAGCAGUCCGGCCCUGUCGAUGAUCCCUCGAGGGCCGCCCUCGAGCCAGAUCUCCAGCCCUUACCAGGCCAACUCCCAGCCCAAAAACUCCAACUCCAUGCUGGACAAGCUCAAGUUGUUCAAAUCGAACGACAGACCUGCCCCGCCCACUAACGGAAAACGGACCAGCAGUUCCAGUGGCGUAUCGUCGGCGAGGAGCGAACGCAGUGACAGCAGUGCGAGUCUAGAACCCAGCACGGACGUCAAACCCGUGCGCAAUGCCUCCAGGUUGAAGCAAACGCGGCCGGCUAAGGCGGUACCGGCGAAGAACAGUCCCAGUUCGACGAAGAAGGACGUUGUGGUCAACAAAGCGACGAAAAUAGCGGCAGAAGUGGAGAAGCACGCUCAUAAGGUGGCGAGUUUGCCGACGUCGAAGCUGUCCGAACCCAAAAUAAAAUCGGCGGGCAAUAAAACGGAGGCCGGUAAUAAAAAUGUGCAAGGUCAGAACCACUUACCCACGCAGAACCAGCACGGUACCGGUAUUCCGAAGCCCACGGCGGCAGUCAAAGGUACCAGCAAGAUCGUGCGCGACGACAAAAGCUUCAACGCCCUCAAAAUGUCUCCAAGUUCCAUGUCGCGCGAAAACUCCCAAGCCAGUAUUACACACACGAAACCCGCCGUCGCCUUGGUCUCCCCCAUGAAAAGCGAAAAGGAGAACCAACUCUCCGAAAGCAGCCACAGUGCUUCCACCGGCCAGCACAGCAACUCCAGCGAAAGCAGCGUCAUCUACAAACCCUCAAGCGAAAGCGGAUCCGAGCACCACAACGUCAUUCCCAACCGGAAGGAACCGAUCACGUACAUAUCAGAAGCAGCGGAAGAAACGGAACUACCGGAAUCGAAGGAGAAGAUCCUCAAUAACGCGAACCAAGAAGAGAAGAGUUUGAACGACGAGGGUUUCGUGAGGGAGGGUUCACAAGGCGACGAAGAAACUCCUCCUUUGAGUAUAGAGCCGAUGAGGCCGCUGUUGAGGGGGUAUUGCAGUACCUUGACGCUCCCGUCGAGGCAGAGGCAGUACCAGAGAGUACCCGCGGACCCGGCGAACGACUACUGCGAGAUUUCUUUGGCUAAUGGGUAUCUGUCUGAUGGGGAGAUGCUGAGGAACGGACCGACGAGGGACAUCUCCGAUGGGUAUAUGUCCGAAGGGGGAUCAGUGUUGUACGCGAGGAGGUUGCAGACCAUGCCGGCCCAUAUUCCAAACGGAGCGCCGCGACUUGCCCCCGGCCUCACGGUGUUGACAGAGCAGGCGUCGCGGCGGGGGCGCGUCGAGGAGCCGCCGCCUCCUCCCGCCCCCCGCGUAGCCUCCCGCUCCCGCAACGGUGUGGCCUUACAAGACACCAAGCACGGCCAGUGGAAGAGGUACACGGACUCGCCGGGAGUGGGCAGCCCGCCGCCGCCGGCGCCCGCCCCCUCCAGCCCGACGAGCGGGCGGCGGGAGCGGCGCAGCAGCCCCCAUGGUAGCAAGGAGAAGAGCUCGAAGGUGCGCGGGGUGCCGCAGAGCUUCGGCUAUGUGAAGAGGAGCAGCUCGACCAGCAAUGGGACGCCCAACGGGACGGCGCCUCAAGUGUUGCAGAAUCAAGGGGGCAAGACGGCGGCGGUGUCGGCGGUUCCGCGGACCAAGGUGAAGGUGUCGGGGGGGACGCAGACGUGUUCCAGUGAUCUGCAGCAGUCGCACAAAUCAAACACUCCACAAUUCAAAAGUUACUCUCUUACUGGGAAUACGGCGAGUCAGUUGAGUCAGUCCGUGAGAGAACGCUUGUUGAUGGGAUCACAAAGUCUUCCAAAGGGUGCCGGCCAAGAUUACGGGCUAGUUUUGAGGCAGGGCAGGCCUAAGGCUAGCGAUGGGUCUCUUUCCGACACCCAAGCCAUCGAUAAUACCAGUCCUUACGCACCAUGGUUGAGACACAGUAAUACCUACUCAGUUGCUCCCCGUCUAUCCGAAACCGACAGCAUGGAAAGCCUAACGAGUCUUCCUGGCCACAGAAGCAGCUUAACGCACACUAGACUACUGAGGGAUUCCCCUUCCAGGCUUAGUAGAAGCAAUAGCAUAAGCUAUCUCAGAGAACGGACAUUCCCAAGGUCUACCAAAUCAGAAAAACUUUAUCCUUCGAUGUUACACAGAAAUACGGAACCGGAAACCGAACCGUACUAUUGCCUUCCCAUUGGAGCUCUUAGUCAUUGGUCGCAGCCCACUAGUCCGGCUCCUGGAAGCGCAAGGACUUUUCCGUUGUCUCCGACUCAUUCGUCCACGCCGAGGCACAGCAUACCAAAAAACGACGACGUACACGGUUCCUCCAUAAGCUUGGUCUCCACGGCCUCGAGCCUCUACUCCUCCGCCGAAGAAAAACAAGCCCACGAAAUCCGAAAACUCCGGCGGGAACUCACAGAGGCCCAAGAGAAAGUUCAAACUUUGACGUCUCAGCUCAGCACCAAUGCUCAUGUGGUAUCGGCGUUCGAGCAAAGUCUGUCGUCUAUGACACAGAGGUUGCAACAUCUGACGGCGACGGCAGAAAAAAAGGACUCGGAGCUGACCGAACUCAAGAACGCAAUGGAAGCUUUACGAGCACAGUCUAUCCAAGCGGGUAUAGGCACCGGGUUAGCACGUCAACCGUCCUCCGACAGCGUCUCCAGCCUAUCCUCCGCCUGUAGUUUAGAUAAACACGAAAAGAAAAAGAAGAAGGGAUGGUUACGUAGCUCGUUCACGAAAGCCUUUUCCCGAAAUGCCAAAGUAACAAAAGUACAAUGCCAAAGCGAAGGCGAAAACGAACGCCAACACAGUCCUCCCCCUCCCGCCCCGACGGACGCCGGUCAAGAAGUGGCCGAAUUGCAAAAACAACUACGAGAAAAAGAUCUCGUCCUCACCGACAUACGUCUGGAAGCCUUAAGUUCCGCCCAUCAAUUAGAGAGCUUGAAAGACACUGUGAUGAAAAUGAGGAGCGAAAUGCUCAGUCUUAAACAAAACAAUGAACGGCUACAACGGAUGGUAAACGGAGCGACGAAUCUUCCGGCGGACUUGACAGAAACCCGAAGUACCAAUAGUAUAGAUGCCCUAAGUGACCUGAUACCGACGGAAGAGCCGCCUCCUGAGCCAGAACAGGACGGGAAACGAGUGACGAUUAGUGUGUACCUGGGACAACCGCACAGUUUUGAAAAGUAUUACGCCGAGCACUACAACUAUGACGGAAUCGGCGACAACGCCAUCACCGAGAUUGCCAUCGCUCACACGAACAUUGGGGCUUCGUCCAGCUGGGGUCAGUUAGACAACACUGUGAGGAGGGCGUUCAAGCAGCACGUAGCCAGAUUGGACCCAGGUGGAGGUCUAGGACUCGGGAGCGACUCCAUCGCCAGUUACAAACUGGGCGAAGCCGAACGCAAACCCGACUCGGGUCCUCCCGAUCUCCUCCCCGUGGGUUACGCCGUCGGACGUAUCUCCACUUUGCACGUCGUCCUGCAACCCGUCGCUGCCUUAGCUUUCGAAGCGCUUAUCCCGAAAGGUGUUGCCCAAAGACUAGUGUCUUUGCUAUCAGAGCACAGAAGACUCGUCCUGUGUGGGGCCCCGGGUACCGGGAAGACUCACUUAGCGACGAGGCUUGCGGAAUUCCACGCGCAGUCGCAAGGAAGGGAUCCAGCUGAGGCUGUUGCCACCUUCAACGUCGACAACAAGUCAGGGAAAGAAUUGAGGCAGUACUUGGCGCAUUUGAGUGAACAAGCGGCUGCCGGUGACAAUAACGUCCUACCGUGUGUUGUCGUCUUGGACAACCUCCACAAAGCGGGACCUCUGGCAGACGCUUUAGGCUCUCUACCUCGAAAUCUACCUUGCCUUUUAGGAACGAUGGCGCAGUCGGCGUGCUCAGCCACGAGUUUGCAGCUCCAGCACGGAUUCCGGUGGGUAUUGGUCGCCCCACACAUGGAACCGGCGCGGGGGCUUCUCGGAAGAGUACUACGGAGGAGGUUGGCCUCUCUGGAGCUGGAACAAGGACCGCAGCCCGAGCUUGCCGCGAUUCUGGGGUGGCUGCCGAGGGUGUGGCAGCACCUCAACGCUUUCCUGGAGACCCACAGCUCGGGCGACGUGGCGAUCGGCCCCAGACUCUUCCUUAGUUGUCCUCUCGAGUUGGACGCCGCCCGGGCCUGGUUCGCGGACGUGUGGAACUACUCCCUAGCUCCGUACCUGCGCGAGGCGGCCCGCGAGGGGCUGCAGCUCUACGGGCGGCGCGCCCCCUGGACCGACCCUGCGCAGUUCGUCCUCGACACGUACCCCUGGCCCGGGGCGCCCCCUCAAGGGCUCACGAACAUCACGGCCAAGGAUGUGGGUCUGGAGAACGGUCCUGCGGCCCAGACCGAGAACGAGGGCGAUCCUCUGCUGAACAUGCUGAUGCGUUUGCAAGAAGCCGCCAACUAUUCGAGUCCUCACUCCAACGAUUCCGACUGCAAUAGUCUGGAUUCGAAUAUGACGCACGGAAGCAACGUCGGAACCGAAAGUGUCUCUUAAUGGGGUUUUCCAUGAUAAUCAAAUUUUGGCGAUAUUUUAUAUAAAUUGUUCCGUGAUAAUUUAUUUUUUGAAGUGUAACGACGCGUUUUCAAAAGAGGUAAUCAAAAAUCGCUAGGGUUGAGUUUGAUGUAGAACAGUUUAUAUAAAAUUGUAAGGUUACUAAUUCUAUGGAAAGUAGUUAUGGAUACCUAAUGACUAUAACAAAGUGCUUCACCGUUUUCACUUGUAUUUUAAUGUUAUACAAGCCAUUUGUUGUUUUUGUUUAUUUAAGAAAUAUACACUUUGUUUUUAGAGAUUUUUUUAGAACAGUAUGUAUAUUUCUUAGUUUGUCUGUGUUUUCAAUGAGUAUUUCUGGUCAGAUAACCAAUUAUGUAAAUAUGUUAUUUAUAU